AUGGACAAUUCAGAUUCACACGACGAUGCUUUGGCAAACCGGAUCCUGAAAUACGCUGCCGCGACAUCAAAGACCUCAGACCUGCCGCCAUUCCCCGGUGACGAUGUCGAAUCUCUCCCCUCCGACUACGAAUACGACGAGAACGAGGAAUACGACGAGGAAGAAGUCGAAGAGAUUUCAGAGAUGGAACUUCUCAGCCAUUUGGAUGCCUCCAUGCCCCCAAUCCUCCUCGCUCAAGAGCUCUUCAAUUCCGACGUCGACUCGUCCACCUUCAAAGUCCUCACCUCGGACAACGCAAACGAACUCUUCCAUCAGGGAUACACCGUCCUCAACAAUGUCCUCCCUCUUUCAACAAUCCAAUCCGUCCGUCAAUGGGCGACAGAUAUGUUCAAGACAGGAAAGAUGGAUAAAGCCAGUGGGAAACACAACGAGGAGGAUGAUCCCUUUAGAGAAGGAAACGCUCGUGGGGAUUACACGAUCUGGGUGUCGCCUGGGUCAAAGUUUUUGGAGGUCUCGCCAGAGUUGAAAGAUUGUGUGGAUUGGUUCUCGGGAAGGCUACAUGACGAUCUGGCCAAGGUAGUGCAUCUCCACGGACAGGCCGAGUACCAGUUAGCGUAUUAUCCACCGGAUUCGAGUCACUAUGAGAGGCAUCGGGACUCCUUUCCUACGGAUGAUAAGGAGGAUGUUGACCAGCGCCGCGUCACCGCGAUUGUGUACUUUAACCCGGACUGGAAGCAAGGCAACGGAGGCGAGCUCAGGAUCUUUGACAAGGGAAUGGGUGAUGAGGAAGAGAAGGAGAUCGACAUUGCACCGCUGGCAGCUCGUUGUGUUGUCUUUUUGAGCGGAGUCAUGGAUCAUGCUGUCAUGCCUGCCUUUGAGGAACGCAUCGCCUUGACUUCUUGGUACCGUUAA